AAUUAAUGACCCCCACCUUCCUCGUAACCCUUCAAAAAUUAAUACCCUGAAUUCUGUAGUAUGAGGAAUCAAUCCAAACACCUGCCAAGACCGAUCAACAAUUCAUGACAAGUGUGAGCUGAUAAUCCAACUGAUAUUAUCCAUUUCUCAACAUGAAACAACAGUGGACUCUCGCUCUUCUGCUUCUCGUUUCCACGCAUCUGAAGGGUAUAGAUUCGACUCACCCUUUGGAAAAAAGAGCCUUGCAACCUUCACGAGAACUCAGUAGAAACGAGAAAUGGAAAAAAUUCUUCAUAGAUAAAAAAUUCGAGGACUCCACCAUGAAAACGUCCCUUAUCGAUUUGGUGGCUGAUCUAUCGCAGAGAUAUUUGAGAAAAUGCACACCCUUGAUAACCUACGACGUGGCUAACGAGAACGUUGAGCAUCCCUUCGUCAACGAUCUGCUCAGGAAGUUUGGCCAGCCUCACAUACACGGGGAUGUUCAGGGAAAAAAUUCGAGUAUGUUCGCUUACAACAAAACUUGUAAGGUUUACAUUUUGUUCAUAGAGGACGUCAUGGAUAGCUAUAAGAUUUUAGGGGCACAAGACAAGAACAAGGUUAUCAUCGUAACUAAGUCCUCUCAGUGGCGUGUUCAUGAGUAUUUGGCCAGUCGUUCUUCACAGAAAAUCGUCAACCUCCUUGUCAUCUCAAAAUCGGAAAUGGUUGUCAGAGUAGGCGAGCAAACUCCAUAUGUUCUCUACACUCACAAGUUAUACAUUGACGCCAUAGCGUCCAGUAGACACACUGUGCUCACUUCGUGGAGGAAUGGAAGAUACACUAGACCUGACCUGAACCUGUUUCCUAAGAAAAUGGCAGAAGGUUUUGCUGGUCAUAGGUUCAUCAUAUCUUUAGCACACUUUCCUCCGUUUGUUAUAAAAAGAGGAAUCGAUUCAAACGAAAACAUAAUAUGGGAUGGACUUGAGGUGAAAAUUGUGAAACUUCUAGCAAGGACCUAUAACUUCACAGUUGAUUUUGUGGAAGCACCAGAGAUGGAUGAUUUGGGUUCAGAAGAUGCAGUCAUCAAAUCGAUCAGUGAAGGUAGGGGUAAUCUGGGUUUAUCUGGAAUCUUCAUAUCCAAUGAAAUUACGGAGAAAGUAGACAUUUCCAACAUGUUUUAUCAGGACUGCGCUGCCUUCAUGACCCUAACCUCAACAGCACUUCCAAGAUACAGGGCUAUAAUGGGUCCAUUUCACUGGACGGUGUGGUUGAGUGUAACCUUCAUCUACCUCUUCGCCAUUUUUCCCUUAACUUUUUCCUACAAGCACACGCUAAAACCGCUCCUGAGGAAUCCACAGGAAAUGGAAAAUAUGUUCUGGUAUGUUUUUGGCACUUUCACCAACGCUUUCACGUUCAGCGAAGGUGAUUCAUGGACCAAUUCGGACAAAAUGGCCACGAGGGUUUUCAUAGGAUUCUACUGGAUCUUCACCAUAAUUAUAUCUGCAUGUUACACAGGAUCUAUUAUAGCUUUCGUAACGUUACCAGUUUAUCCAGAGACAAUAGACAAGGUGUCACAGCUCCAAAGAGGCAGAUACCAGAUCGGGAUGCUGGAUAAGUCAGGAUGGGUCGACCGUUUCGCCAAUUCCAGCGAACCCAUGGUGGAAAAACUGAUGAGCAAGGUGGACUUGGUGCAAACUGUCGAAGAAGGAAUAAAAAACACCACAGAAGCCUUCUUCUGGCCCUACGCCUUCCUAGGCUCUAGGGCUAAUCUGGACUAUAUCAUACGCACCCAGUUUGUCUCAGCAAAGAAGAGAGCUGCUUUGCACAUAAGCAACGAGUGCCUGGUGACCUACGGAACAGCCAUAACUUAUCCCAAAAAUUCCGAGUACGUCACUGUCCUGAAUGCAGGUUUGGAUCGGGUGGUUCAAGGGGGCUUUGUCAACAAGAUAGAGAGCGAUGUGGAGUGGUUGAUGAUGAGAUCUUCUUCUGGGAAGUUACUGGAGGCUAACAAAGGCAAAACAAACCCUCUGAUCGUCGAGGACCGAGCACUGACCCUUGAGGACACCCAGGGCAUGUUCCUACUCCUCGGAAUUGGUUUCGUCUUGGCAGGCACCUGUCUAUUCUUCGAAAUAUUCGGAGGCUGUUUCGAUGUGUGCAAGAGGAACGAACGUAGCAGAAGACGCAGCAGCAUACCUAGCAACCCACGAUCUUGUACCUGCUUGACUCCAGAACCACGCGUUGACUCCACAAGAAUAGUGUCAACGUUGAAUUUUUACACCGUGGAUAUGUCUAAGAAAAUUUACGAUCGAAGCCUUGGGAAUGGACAAUCGGCAGAAAGUACGGACUUGUCGGAAGCGACACCAAGAUCUGAGGAAGUUGACGACGAUUUGAAGGAUGAUCUGUCAAAAAUUGAUGAGAAAAUAGACAGACUGUUCGAUUUUGAGGAGUACUUCGGGGAGAGGAAUACCAACGAACUGAAUUUCGAGGAAAGAUAUCUAGAAUGAAUUUAUUUGUUGA